AUGGAUUGGAAGCCCAUCAAGAACCUUCUUAGGAUGGACGAAGCUUGUCUUUUGCAGAUUGAGCAAAGUAGUAUCUCUUCCUCUUUUCUUCCUUCAUUUCGAAUCAGCUAUUACGACGUUAGAAACGUCUUCAUUUUUAGAUUGAUGAAAUUAAGUAGAAGAGCUAUUCGUGACAGGGACAGCGUCCAAAUUUGGAUGGAAGAGCUGGCCGAAAAAGGAGCAAAGAUUUUGUUCAAGGUGCAUGAAGAUGGCCCGUUUCUUGUUUCUUGCGUUGCUAAAUGCAGAUGA